CAUUAUGGCAGGGGGAAGGCAGUUCGGGAAAAUUGUUGCCCCGCAGAAGAGGCGAUUAGUCGCCAGGUGAUUAAAUCUCCCAGAAUCUGCCCGUGUGCCAUAAUAUGUAAUCAGGGAAAAUAACAUGUUAGCCAUUAAGUGCUUAAUUUUUCUUUUGACUUUAUCUGGUGUGUGUUUAGGAAUAGUUGCACUAAAAAAUGAAGUGUUAUAAAGUAAUGAAAAUAUCUUGCACAGUUUCCCUGCUCUGGCAAAACUGAUCUGUUUGCAUCAGAAACACUACUAUAGUUCAUAUAAACCAGCUGCUGUGUAGCCAUGGAGGAAACUAAUGUUGUUAUUAUGUUCUACAGAGCUUAUCUGCUGUGUAACCUAAGUCUUUUAUCUUUUAAAUGGCUGCCCCCAUUGCUACACAGCAGCUUAUUUAUAUAAACAAUUGCAGUGUUUCUGAAGCAGAUCAGUUUUACCAGUGCAGGGCAACACUGCAUUAUAUUUUUAUUACUUUAAAAUAUAAUUUUUUUGAUGUUACUGUUCCUUAAAGGUGGGCCACUGGAUACUGUACAUAGUCAUACACCUUUUGUACUGUUCUGUUUGGAACAAUUACCUGAAUUAUCUGAAGUGAGCAGGAGCUGCAGAAUGCGGACGCUUUUUGCUUCACUGCUAGCUAACCAGUGUAGGUUUUCCACAAUAAUCCUCAAUCUAAUAGGAUCACAGGAUUAGUGAAUCCGACAUUCCCCUGACUGGCCAUAUAUGGUUGGGCAGUAUGGUAAAAUUGUCCAUACGGCUCUACCAUAAAUAGGCAUGUACGCCCAAAUUCAUAUAUAUUUAUAAGACUAUUCCUUAUGUUUAUCCCCCUUUUCUGUAAAGAAAACUUGCCAAUGUUAUCUUGCAAUUCUCCCUUCUUCUCUAUGUAGAGCAGCACUUGUCCUGUCCAAGCUGAAACUGGCCACUUACAUUUAUUUAGAUCUUACAGUAAAAAACUGGAUUGCAAAGUCCUUGAGCACUUUGCUUGGACCAAUUUUACUUAAAAACAAAUCUUACUGCUGGAGUGUUUGUGACCCCUAUAAACUUUUAGUUCCUAGUCACUUCUACGGUCUGGAUAUUUGAAUGAAGAAUAGGAGAGUGCCAGAAUACAGAUGAGCACCCCCCCCCACCCCCAAAAAAAUCUGGCCUUAAAUCCUUUUUUUCUGUCGGUUGGGGACCCUAAAAAACUGAUUUUAUUGUAGUUAAACGUGCAGGAAUUAGUUAUAGGUAUAAUCAUAUAUAUUAACCAAUCAAUAAGUCAUAUUUGUCAACAAAUAGCUGGGUUACUUCACCUUAAGACACUUAACCUGCAGCAGACUAUGCUUUUGGAGGAUGUAUGUGCUAAACUUUUGUUUUUUUGAAUGACAUCCAAAGCUGUAGGGCACACUAAGUAGUGGUGGUGGUUUUUUUUUCUUUAAAAAGAGAAGGAAAGCCAGUCUGCUACAUUGACAGGUCCAAAAUGGGCCUGUUGGGAAGUACACGGAGCAGAGAUAUGCACAAAAAUGUGAAUGUAUGCAUUAUCUUGCCACCCUCUGCUCCAUGUAGCUCUCCAAAAGGUGUCGGCAGGCCUGUCAAUGGGAGUGUUCAUCUAAAAGCGGGUCCCCUUCCCUCCUGCAAAAAUAAAAGCCUGGAUGUGCCCUUGCCCCAACCGUUACAACUUCAUGUUGCAGUAUAUAACACCUCCCAGUGGUUAGGCAUAUUACAGUCACGCAAGAUAUGUAAGACUUUAAGGCUAUGUAAAGAGCAGUGAAGACAUCUGUAGCACCAAGUCUUAUCUGGAUAAAACAAAACAUGUUGGUAGCCAUUUCAGUGCAGCACAUGCUUUGGGGAGCAGGGGCAGCCGGAUGUGUUGCAACGCUGUUACAUGAUGCAGCAAUGAAUCCUGCUGAAGUGAUAAAGCAGAGGAUGCAGAUGUACAAUUCACCCUAUCGCAAAGUGACGGACUGUAUGAGGGCGGUGUGGCAAACUGAGGGUGCUGGUGCCUUUUACAGAAGCUACACAACCCAACUGACUAUGAAUAUCCCCUUCCAGGCCAUCCACUUCAUGACCUACGAGUUCCUGCAGGAGCACUUAAAUCCUUACAGACAAUACAACCCAACCUCCCACAUGCUCUCUGGAGCCUGUGCUGGAGCCGUGGCUGCUGCUGCCACGACUCCACUGGAUGUUUGCAAGACCUUGCUCAACACACAGGAAUCUCUGGCUUUGAAUUCCUCUAACAUAAGUGGACAUAUCACAGGCAUGGCUAAUGCCAUCAGGACGGUUUACAAAGUGGGUGGGAUUACUGCCUACUUCCGAGGGGUUCAGGCCAGGGUAAUCUAUCAAGUGCCCUCCACAGCCAUUGCAUGGUCUGUGUAUGAGUUCUUUAAAUACUUCAUCACUAAACAACAGGAGAAAAGGAGGGCUGGGCACUGAUGCACGCUCUAUACCGACCCUCCAGGCAUAGUUAACAACUUGUUCCAGCCUGUGACUUGCCUUUCUUUUAAUGUUUGUAAUAUAUCUGUUCUUAGCGUGGGAUCUCUAACCUGUUCUGCUGGUCCUAUUUGGCUUACGGAACAAAGGAAAGAGCCCAAGCCAUCUGGCGAGUCCUUACAGCGCCAGCUUCUCGGUGGGUUUAAAUGUAGAUUUUAGCUCCUACUACAGGUCCAAAGCUUUAUUUAAUUGGCAUCUUUAAAAAUGAGGGUUACUUAAGCAAACAGCCGGUCUACAUGUAGUAACUGCCUUGCCUUUAGAUCGGGUGGCUUUAAUUUGUACUGUAAUAUUACAUUGCUGGUAAUAUUAACCUGAGUUUGCAAUUUUGUGGUCUAACUGUAAUUGGAUACAGGUUACCAGAUGCGCAAUUUACCACUGAAUAGGCAUGGCUGGAAGUUUAACUUUGCCUGGAGUUUAGCUCUCUCUCUCGGUGUGCUGUAUUACCUUUGUGCUUCUGUUUUAAAAGGUUUCACUGUUACUGCGGUUUUCAAAAUGGGCACUUGGAAGUCCAGUCUUUCCUAAGCUUACCCACUCUCCGAUGUUUACCAUUGUUCUGUCUUUACCAAAGCCUAUUGGUAGUUUGUCCUGAGACAUGAAACAUUUAGGCCGUUGUCCGCACGCACAUGCUUAAAGCACUUACACCACGUUGGUGGCUGGGGACAUAUUUGUUUCUUAUUCCUAAGAAAUAGGGUGGGGAAUAAUGUAUAUUUUUGACCCAUCCCACUUCUACGUCUUAUUUACUAAGGCUUCUUAUAUUUGCUUUCAGUUUUUCUAAUAUGCAGAACCCAAACAUGUAUCCGAAAGAGAAAACAAAAAUCUGCUGCUAAAGUCCUACAUGAGGGGGACCUGUCUGACCCUUAAAUUAGUGUCACAUUGAUGAGAAGCUUUCUAAAAAGUAUGUGGACCAUGAAGUGAUGAUUUUGUAAAGGAACAAAAGUCUGGAAAGUGGAAUUGUUUGUUCUACAGUGGGUAGUUUGCCAAAUUUGUAUUGAACAGUUUAUGAAGCAUGCAAUCCAAACUGACGUGUUUGCUUGUAAACCUGCUCGCCAUUGCUCUGUUUUGCCUACAUCAGUGUCUUGUUUUGUUUUAAAAUGAGUCCGAUAAUUGUGCAGAUAUUGCACACCCAAUGUUUGCUCAUCUGAGGAGGCUUUUGAAUUUGUGAAAACCUCUACAAUAAGAAUGUACCUAAACACACUGGUAGCUUUAAACAAGAGUAAUGAGCCAGUUGCAAGGUUUUUUUGCAAGUCAAAUGUCUUUCUAAUUGAUGGGCUAACGUGAUCUGUGGCCAUCCUGGUAUUUUUUUUUCAUGUCUUUCUGCUCCUGUUGUAAAUUUGAUUACCAACUAAAAUGGCAACUUUCCUCUUUCUGAAUCAGGUACAAUGUAGGCCAGACACUUUUCUGUGAAUUUACUAACUGGUUCUGUCUGUUACUAGUGGUUUACCCAAGUCUAAACCUGUAAGCACCUGGUCCAGAUAACCAAUUAAAAAGAGAGGCACUAAUUGCUGUGGGUGUCUGACUUGUCAUCAUCUCCAAACUUCCUUUCUCUUCAUCUGUGUUUCCAAAUGUAUGCUCCCCUCAUUGAAGGCCAAUCGGGUGGAAAUAAAGACUGGGAAGUGA